AUGAAGUUCCUACCACUUCGCGACUUCGACGACGUCACAAGCGCGUUGAAUUUCGAAACUCCCGAUUGCCAUGUCAUAGGCGGCUGCGAUCUUUAUACAACGAAAGCCGCGGGCUCAGACAAGAAACUCUAUCGAAAUAUCGAGAACUCCCUAGAGUCGCAGUAUGAGUCUCUGCUGCGAUUGUCGGCCUCGGUCUCACCUCCCAACGACACUGGACCCUCACCUUUGAACCUGUCUCGAUCAAGUCCGUUCGGGCCAUUAAGCCAAGUUUCAAGCCGUCGUACGUUUGCCUACUUGAUCGCCACUCUUAACGCUAGUCACCCUGACUAUGAUUUCUCACACAUCCUCAGGCCUGCGGACUUUAGAAAGGAAAGAAGUUUGAAGGCCGUUAUCAACACCAUCGACUCUACACUUUACAACCUCCGCCCCAGUUCAGGUAUGACUCUCCAAGUUCCGUCGCAGACAAGCUAUACCACAACUGCUUCUGCUCCUCCAACAAGCCAAGCAUGGGGUCCUCAGAUGUGGUCCAUAAUCGACAAGGAGAUGACUCUCAAGGAGUGCACCGUAUAUUGUUGGGCUCCUCCCGAUGAGCCUUUCGAGGAAGAGGAAGGCUCGAUCUGGAGUCUGAACUAUUUCUUCUUCAACAAGGAGAGAAAGAGGGUCGCUUACAUAUAUAUUCGAGGUGUCCCAGUGAUGACUCACAGCCCCAGACAACCUGCCAAUAUGUCGAAGAGGGCAGGCAGCGGGUAUGACUCUGGAGCAAACAAGCGGGCUCGAUAUUGGCUUGGUGAUCAGGCGGCUAAUAUCACUAAUGAUCAAGAUACAGAAGAUCUAGAGGAUGUGGUUAUGUGGGAUAAUGGUGAUGAAGGCUCUGAAACAGAUUUCUUCGACGAUUAUUCCUACGAGGCCGACAAUGAUUCAACAGACGACCUCAAAGAGAAACCUCGCGGGAUGAGCGAGGAGAUUGCUGCCUCUAUGGAUAUGGAUUAUUGA